AUGCGUUUCCUCUCAAACGUGGGUGGCCUUUUGCUGGUCACAGCCGGAGCCCAGGCUUUCUUUGUUGUGCCUUGCUCUCGCCCAGUCGUGGUGCAGCGCGCAGACCCUAUAGUCAACCCAGGCGUCCUAGCUAGUCAUGUUCAUACCAUCAUGGGCGGCAGUGCCUUCAACUUCACCAUGGGCUAUGAUGACGCGGUAUCCUCAGCAUGCUCUACCUGCAAGGUUCGGCAGGAUUUGAGUAACUACUGGACUCCAAAUCUCUACUACGAGAGCGAGAAUGGCAAGUUCGAGACAGUCAAGCAACUUGGUGGCAUGCUCGUUUACUAUCUUCAGCGCUCUGACUCCAAAGACCCUGAGUACGAGAAUGGCUUACUUGCGUUUCCCCCGGGUUUUCAGAUGCUCGCUGGUGACCCCUCGCUCCGAAGCUUCGGGGAUACCCUGGAGCAGCGAGCAAUCUCCUAUGUCUGCCUCGGCGUCAGCGGCCCGGAAACACACCAGUUCCCGUCCCAAAACUGCCCCUACGGCUUGCGAGUGCAGGUCAUGUUCCCUUCGUGCUGGGACGGACAUAAUUUAGACUCGCCGAACCACAAGAGUCAUAUGGCCUACCCGAGCCUCGUUGAUAAUGGGGUUUGCCCAACAAGCCACCCCAAGCGCUUUAUCACACUCUUCUACGAGGUCACUUUUCAGAUCGAUGAUUUCAAGGACAGAUGGUACAAGGAUACUCCGCCCUUCGUCUACUCUAACGGCGACCCGACGGGUUACGGACUCCACGGUGACUUCGUGAACGGCUGGGAUACGGAUGUUCUUCAGAGUGCCAUCGUCAACUGUACUGAUGCAUCUGGGUCCCUGGACAGAUGCCCCUUGCUGCAUCAAUUCGAAGAUGAAACGAUGAAGGGCUGCAGAGUUCCUGUCCGCGUUGAGGAACAGGUUGAUGGAAUCCUAAACAGGCUGCCCGGUUGCAACCCAGUGCAGCGUGGGCCGGGCCGGGCCACGCAGCAGAGUAACUACGACAACGCUGCGAACGAUGGAAGCGUUUUCAGACGAAGCCUGUCCUACUCUCCAUACGGCGAUGUCAGACCAACACCAGGCAGGAGCCGCUGGAGGAUUCUUUCCUCCCGCAUCUUUGCCCUCGCCCGCUCCCAGUACAGCUUCCAGUCGAUCAACAUCCUUACUGCCACACCCACGAGCUCGCCCGCUGCCAUCAGGCUCUACCAAAGAAGCAACGGUGAGGAGAAAUUCAGUGCCCCAGACCCCGGCGACGGAUUCGUGGGCUACGCAGGGUUCAGCGAGCUGUGCAAGGACCUACAAAGCAUCAUCGAUGUUCUCUGGUUAUCCGGAACACCAAGUUUGCAAAUACCCUUUCUACUCAACGUGGCAAGCGAAUUCACUAAGUACAUUGUGUCGUUUCCUCCCUCGCCAAGGGCUACUUUUGCCAUUGUGCGAAAACUUGACAAAUGUUUUGCAAGUCUCUUGUGCGGGCAGGACAUCGAUACGAAAGAACCUCUGCCAGGUUUUGAGAACGGCCUUCGGGCUGGCAUGACGACUACCGACAUGGUGCGAUGCCGGAGUCUCGUGGAACAAUCUCGUAUCCUUGUAAUGGAGGUUCUCAGUUCUGAUACGGAGGAGACUGACGAUGGCGAUCCUGAUGAUGGCGGGGAAAGUGACACUGACAACGAUCGCGAUACUCUUCCCAUGGCGAAUCUUGAUACAGAGCAGGGUUCUACCGCCUGGGUCGAAGACGAUGAAGCCCGGUUGAGCAUGGAUGUCGUUCGCGUGUACGAAAAUACCAUCGUGCAGCUUGGCAAUCGGCUAGGUGAUACCCUUGGCGGCAAGAUUCAAAUUGGCAUUGGCGCGGAAGACCACUCCAGGCCGGAUAGCUGA